AUGACGACGAAAUCAUCGAUACGAAAUCUGAAAUCAAAACUGGCAAGCAGUCCUUCUGUACAUACUAUGACAACAAAUGGAAAUAAUGAAAGCAAAUGUAGUCGAAUAACAAUUAAGAAACCGUUGAGCACCGCAACGUUUCUGCCGAACAAUUCCGCGACGAAUGGAUUUAGUACUCAAUUGAAAAAACGAACAUUACAAUUGAAUAAUUUCUUUCAUUCGAAACUGAAAUCAAGUCAUUCGAGUGAUCAAACUAACAGCGCCCAUUCGACGGAACAUUCACCAUCCCCUCCACUUGUCUUUCAUGCUAUCGCUCCCACUUCAUCCGAAGAAAACAAUAAUCACCAUGAACAUAAGAUACCGAUUCUAGCAGAAAUUCACAAGAAGCCGCAGAGUGAAUCUCAAUCACUGGCGACUCGUCGUAUCGCUAAUGUUCUUAACCAUACGAAUAUUAAAGCGAUGUCAUCAGAUCUCGAUGAUCUGCACGGGCAAUCGAGCUGUUCAGACGAAGAUGAAAGUCAUUUGAACAGUCGAUCUGUGGAAGUUGACGCUGAUGCUGAUGAAUCUGAUGAUGAUGAUGUGAAACGACCGAAAAAAUCUCGUCGGAUGCAAAAGCCUCGUAAAACAGAUAAUUGUCUAUCAAUACAAAAAUCUGACCAUACGAAUGGAAAGCUUCAUCUUUCAAGUUCAAAUGAAGAUGACAAAGAACAGCCUCUCACCAAUGGAAACAAUGAUCGUAAAUUGAAAUCCUCAUCAGCAAAAACAUCCGAUCAUAUAACUAGUCCAACAACAACGGACGAUGAUCAGGUAUCGACUCCAAGUCCAACGAUAAAUCCCUCUGUAAAUCAAUCAUCGACGAAGAAACCCAACCGGUUUCAAGUGAACACAAUUCGUAAAUCUCAGCAACAGCAAAUUCUAAUGGAGAAUGCCAUGAAAGCACGAGCAUCUACCAUAAACGAAGAAGAUUGUUCUGUGCCUCAUCAAACGUUGAGUUCACAAUCAAAAGCAUUGACGAUCGAAAGGAAAAAUACGAAUACACCAACUACAGACGGUGAAAACUCAACGGUCAAUUCCACUAAUGUCAUUCAGAACAGCACUUCGACAUCAAUUCCCACAGAAAGCGGUCAUCAUCACCACCAUCAUCAUGUUCGUUUCCAGGCUGCUCUCCAGGGAAAACCAGAAUCAACGACCGAAGAAGAGAAAGUUUCAAAUCAAUCGGUAAUACAAACAACAUCAACAACAACCCCAGUACCAACUCCGGCUCCCGCACUAUCAACAGUUUCUGCUCAUGGAGAAGAUGAUGAAGAAGGAGAAGCAAUUGCGAAAAGUCCUGACGAACGAUUUAUUAAAUAUGCAAAAGAAAUCGGACGUGGUGCUUUCAAAACAGUCUAUCGUGGUUUAGACACAGAGACAAGUGUUGCCGUUGCUUGGUGUGAACUACAAGAUUUUGCACAAUUUGAUAAACAUGAACGUGCCCGUUUUAAAGAAGAGGCUGAAAUGUUGAAAAAGUUGCAACAUCCAAACAUCGUACGCUUCUAUGAUUUCUGGGAAGAAACCAAUCCACGAACGAACAAGAAGGUCAUCAUUCUUGUAACAGAAUUAAUGACAUCAGGUUCUUUAAAAGGAUACAUUCGUAAAUUUAAAGGACAAAAGGAAGAGAAGCGCAUCAAUGUGAUGAAGAAAUGGUGUCGUCAAAUUCUCAAAGGUCUUGCUUAUUUACAUAGUCGAAAUCCUCCGGUGAUUCAUCGUGACUUAAAAUGCGACAAUGUAUUUGUAUCGAGCACAACCGGCUGUGUAAAAAUCGGUGAUCUUGGCUUAGCAACGUUUAAAACACAAACGUUCGCUAAAAGUAUGCGCGGUACGAUGGAAUUCAUGGCGCCCGAAAUGUUCGAUGAACAAUACGAUGAACUGGUGGACAUUUAUUCAUUUGGCUUAUGCAUGUUGGAAAUGAUUACCGGUGAAUAUCCUUACAUUGAAUGUAAAGGUCCAACUGCUGUGAUCAAACGCGUAACGGCUGGCUUAAAACCCGAUUGUUACUACAAAGUCGAAAAUGAAGAUGUACGGGAAGUUAUUGAUUGUUGUAUACGUACGAAUAAAUCGGAACGGUUAUCUGUACAUGAAUUAUUACAACAUUCAUUUUUUCUUGAUGAUAAUGGUUUACGAAUUGAUUUCGUACGUGAUACAGCGAAUGAUUCACAAGUUGUACUCACCAAUAAUUCGAAAGUCGUACUCACCAAUAAUUCCAUUGAUUUAAAAUUGAAAAUUAUCGAUAAAUCCAAACGAAAAGCUUUGUGGACUGAACAUGAAGCUAUUCGUUUCCGAUUUAACUUUACCACUGAAACACCUGAAGAAAUUGUCAAUGAACUUAUCGAAAAGAAGUACAUCUUAGAAGACGAUAAAAAAUUUGUUCUACAAUCGAUCAAAGAUCGAUUUCGAGCUUAUCAAUACGAACAAAUCGAUCGCAAAGCUGGAGUCUUUUGUCGAGACGCAAAACCAACGGUUAAUCAUACACAUCAACCUUCUCUUCUUGGACAAUCACAACCGUCCCAACAAGUAGUAACAUCAGUUCCACAACAGCUACAACUGCCACCAACUACACCACUUAUUAUUCCUCAGCAAGUAACAUCAAUGCCAGCAGCUACUCCAACACCAACGAUCGUUUCUCAACCAUCGAUUGAUGCAUCGCAACAACAACAACAACAACAUCUAUCGUUGUCAAUCACAAAACCAACAGGAGACCUGUCCCAGCCAAAGCCUAUAGUUACAACAGAACCAAUACCUAUACCCCCGAUCGCAGAAUUGAGUUCUAGUGUAUCGAAUUCAGCUGGCAGCUUGGAAAAAUUGGAUGCAGCUUUGAAGAUCACGUUGUUCAAUAAAACAAAGCCAUCACAGAGCAUAAGCACACCAUCGACUAUUGCAAAUGACAUUAGCGAGCCACCAACACCAAUAAUGGUGCAAGAUGAAUCAUCAACCACACGCUCAGUUGAUGAUCAACGGCAAGUGAAAGAGUCCGGAGGUGCAAUCACCUCCGACCUAGCUACAAAUAUUUUUCAAUCGACGACACCAGUGACAGCACAAACUCAAUCACAACCAACAACAAUGUUAACAAGUCAUCAACCACAUAUUUUACAAAAUCCUCUUCUUUUAACACAAACACCAUCGAGUUAUCCUUAUUCAACAAUGGCACCGACACCACAUCUUAUCAAUACAACUUUAGCCAGCGAUCCUCUCAAGCAAUUGGCACCGCCUCCUCCUUCUUCUUCUACUACAUCUUCUACAGCGACACCCACGCCGUCGACAGCAGAAACUAUUGAAAAUAGUCAUGCAUCUCUCUCCUCCCCCUAUAUACACGAAGCAAUACAAUCGUCUCUUUCAUCAGACGCAUCAUUACCAAAUCAGCCGCAGAUGCCGGAUAGCCUGAAACAUCUUGAUGCACUACUCAAAAAUGCAUUGAAAAAUACUAAUAAACCAACUGGUACAGCGCAGGCUAGUGAUUCAGAAACGUCUAACACAACUAUUCCCCAACCACCAACUGGUACUAAUGAAACAUCGACGAAAUUACCUGAGAUUGAAACUGAUGAAGCCAAAGUCAAAGUAAACGAUCCAAACAAUACUUCCAAUUCAACUGUCUCAUCAAUAUUUCAUUCUCAACCGAGUACCUCAUCAAUUAUACUUCCAGUGCCUAUUCAACAGAACAAACCUCAAUCAGCGAGUUAUAUCUCAACUCAUCCGAAACUCUCCGUAUUAUCUGACGGAAAUAUUCACGAGUUAGAAAUCUUACUUAAAAGUCCACAAAAUCGAUCGUUGUCCAAUGAUGAUACGAUCGUCUCAUCAUCUAAUGAACUAACUGAUAUCAAAUCAAUGAUUGGGGAUUUAAGUCGAACAUUGUUGACACGUAUGAAUACAAUCGAAAGUAAGAUUGAUGAACAUCGAAAUCAAACCAUGCAAAUCAACAAUCUCCUGACAACAACUGUCCUUCCAUCCUUGGUUGAUCUUGCUGCCAUCAUCGAUGAAAAUCCCAAUUUAGAUUCUCGGAUACGAAUGAAACUUGAACACAUUCGCACAACUGUUCGAUCAACCCAACAACAACAACAACAACAACAAACUGAAAUGAAAGAUUUAAUGGAAAUUUAA